AUGUUUGCUCUCAAUACCUCAGAAGUUGAAAUCUCCACCUUCCUGUUGAUUGGGAUCCCAGGGCUUGAGAAUGUCCACAUUUGGAUCUCCAUCCCCAUCUGUUUCAUGUACCUCCUGGCCAUCCUGGGCAACUGCACCAUCCUAUUUGUCAUCAGGACAGAUCCUUCCCUGCAUGAGCCUAUGUACUAUUUCCUCUCCAUGCUGGCCCUAUCUGACCUGGGCUUGUCUUUCUCUUCUCUUCCCUCCAUGCUGAGGAUCUUCUUGCUCAAUGCCGUGGAGAUUUCUGCUGAUGCAUGUAUUGCCCUGGAAUUUUUCAUCCACGGAUUCACAGACAUGGAAUUCUCAGUGCUCUUGAUCAUGUCCUUUGACCGCUUUCUAGCCAUUCGCAAUCCCCUGAGGUAUAGCUCCAUUCUUACCAGCUCCAGAGUUUUGCAUAUAGGCCUGGCAUUUGCUAUUAAAAGCUUUCUACUAGUUCUUCCUCUUCCUUUCACUCUAAAGAGACUCAGAUACUGUAAUAAACACCUGCUCUCACACUCUUACUGCCUCCACCAGGAUGUCAUGAAACUGGCCUGCUCUGACAAUAGGGUUAACUUUUACUAUGGUCUGUUUGUUGCACUCUGCAUGAUGUCAGACAGUGUGUUCAUUGCUGUUUCCUAUGUGUUUAUCCUGAAGACUGUACUGGGUAUUGCAUCCUAUGGGGAGCGACUUAAGGCCCUUAAUACCUGUGUGUCCCACAUCUGUGCUGUGCUCAUCUUCUAUGUGCCCAUCAUCACCUUGGCUACCAUGCAUCGCUUUGCCAAGCACAAAUCUCCUUUGGCUAUGAUUCUGAUAGCUGAUGCAUUCUUGUUGGUACCACCUUUGAUGAAUCCCAUUGUGUAUUGUGUAAAAACUCGGCAGAUUAGAGUAAGAGUCUUGGAAAAACUGAGUCUAAAGUCUAAAUGA